AUGCUGUGUUUAUUUGAGCAGGACUUCCUGAAGUAUUACACCAAAGCCGGGAUGGACACGGAGGAGUUGGAGAAAGCAGUGGAAGUGAUGUGCUUCGUGCCAAAACGCUGCAACGACAUGAUGAAUGUGGGCAGACUACAAGGCUUCGAGGGUAAGAUCACAGCCCAGGGGAAACUGCUGCAGCAGGACACCUUCACUGUGACCGAGCAGGACAGUGGCUUCUUGUCCCGAGCCAAAGAAAGACGGAUCUUCCUGUUUGAGCAGCUGGCCAUCUUCAGUGAGCCAAUCGACAGGAAGAAAGGGUUUUCCCUCCCUGGGUACAUCUUUAAGAACAGCAUCAAGGUGGGUGCCUCAGAUCAGCUAAAGCAGCUUUAG